AUGGUUCCGGCUAAAGUAACAACAUGUCAACCUAUAGCUAUUGAAUUAUUAUCAAGUUGUCAGCAUUUAUUAUCUCAUCUAUCCCUACGACUUUAUAUCUGGAUUGUAGGUGGCGUAGCAUUUAUUGGUAAUAUAUUAGUAUUCUGCUUUCAUUGGAAAAAUUCAUGUAAGGGUCGACCGAAGCAAGUAUUUCGCCUAUUGUUAUUUAAUUUAACUGUAGCCGAUUUUUUAAUGUCCAUCUAUUUGUUUAUAAUUGCGAUCGCUGAUCAAUUUUAUCAUAAUCAUUAUGGCCAAUAUUCAGAAAAUUGGUUAAGGAGUACACCGUGUCUAUUAGCCUUUUUCUUGGGUAGUUUAUCGAGUAUUAUGUCGAUCUUGAUGAUGCUGCUUAUUAGUAUUGAUCUCCACUUACGUACUGUUGAUCCGAUCCGUUAUCAAAGUCGGAAUUAUAAGUAUAACAGUUUUAGAACUACAAUUAUUCUAUUCUGGUUGUCAUGUCUAUUGUAUGUCGGAAUACCUACUAUUACAAGUGCUAAUGCUGCUGGUAAUGAUCGAGUUUAUAAAUAUAGCAGCAUUUGUAUGCCAAGCAAUGUAGAUAAUACUUAUUUUAAAACAUGGAUUUUAAUUAUUACAUUUUUAACUGCUGGUAUAUGGCUAACAAUUUGUGUAUUAUACUAUUUAGUCUUUAUAAAAGCAUAUCGAAGUAGUAUUUCAGUACAACGUACAUCAGCAUCAGCAGACCGAAAAUUAGCGAGAAAACUAUCCAUCAUAUUAUUAACUGAUUUAAUUUCAUGGCUGCCUUACUAUUUUAUCAUGUUCAAAGUCAUGUGUACUAAUACCAUCGAUAUCUUUGAGCUAAAAUUUGUAAUCAUACUUGCAUUACCAAUUAAUUCUGCCCUAAAUCCGUUCUUGUAUAGUUGUAAUUAUUUUACUACUCCAUGUUUUUGCCGAAAUGCUCAAAUUGAUAAACCAGUCACAGUUCGCCAACGUAGUAGAUCGUCUGCUUCAGUUCGAGAUACUAGCCCUAAUCGAACUCUUGCUACUAAUCAUGGUUAUUCCGGUGAAAAUAGAGUCCAGAAUAAUUGUAAUAGUUCAAAACGAAUGAAUGCCUUAACAGAGUUUGGUCAAUCUGAGACACGUCAUAAAAUAUUAUUGCGUUGCUUAUAUCAGAUAAAAUUUGGAAUUGCCGAUAUUGGUCGUUGUUGA